UUACCAGCCGGUGUUGAAACAGAAAAGGAUGAUACGACAAGCAAAUCAAAGAAAACCUACCUUGCCGAAGCGUCGAGUUCACGGCAGCACGGCGAUAAAUAUGCAGGCCAAGAUAGCUGAAUAUGACAAGGCAGUGAACGCCAUCCUUCGCAUGGUUGAUGCCCACAUUGGACGGAAAAAAAACACCGGAGGAAGAUGUGGUGUUUGCAAUUGGUCUUGGUGGCUUCAACACUAAAAGUAACCUACGCAGCUUACAUACAUCGUUUGGCUCAUCAACAAAGUAUGUCAAUGUCGGAUUUACUGCGUGAAGUUGAAAUAAUCCAAGUAUAUCGUCUCCAAGGUGCGAAGUCUUGGAUAUCUGGUCGUCGGUGUGAACGAAUAUUACACAUCGAAAAAAUGUCCAUCCUGUGAAAACUUUGUAGGAGCUGUGAGACUCCGGCGGCUUCA